AUGGUCGAAUACGUUCCUGCCCCCUCGGACCUGUCGCGUCUUAAUCCUAUCCAGCGGUACAUGCAAAAAGGCCAACUGGACAAGCAAGACUAUUUCUACCUAUGCCUGAUUGUCCUCAUUUAUUUCAUGGCCAGGCCGAAAAUCGAAGAGUUCUUCAAGUGGUGGAUGAGCCCCAAGGCGCUGCGAGAAGGCGAACAGGCUCGAGCAGAAUACAUGCAGAAGGCCAAAGUUGGACCAAACGUGAUACGUGGAAUCGAGUCGACGAGCCUGGAGACGAUUCCUGAAGUCUCGGUCGAUACUACCUCGGGCACCAACGUGGACAAGAAAGGCAAAGUGGUAAACCGGAAGACAAAAGAGAAGUCCGGAGCAGACAAGUUGUUGGACUGGGAGGACGAGCCGGAGAGGAAGCCUACGGAGGGAGACAAGGCGGAUAUUGUGGCAUGGCUCGACAAAUGGUCCAACGAAGAAUGA